AUAUAGACCGUAUGAAUGUGAGAAUGGUAAAUGGUAGCAGUCGCUGUGCUGGUAGAGUGGAGGUUCUUCAUAGAGGUCAGUGGGGAACAGUGUGUGAUGAUUACUGGGGUUUGGCUGGUGCUGCAGUGGUGUGUAGAGAGCUGGACUGUGGAGAACCUGUAGAUACUCUGGGUGAUGCUCAUUUUGGAUCAGGAUCAGGACCGAUCUGGAUGGGUAUUGUCUUUUGUACUGGAUCAGAAUCUACACUGAAGAAUUGUGGAUCAUUCGGAUGGGGUAUACAUAACUGUGAUCAUAGUAAAGAUGCAGGAGUCAAUUGUUCAGAUCAUAAUCAUUCCAGAUUUAUUAUUGGACCUCACCUGUGCUCUGGGAGAUUGGAGAUAUAUCAUAAUCAGACGUGGAUGUCAGUGUGUGACACUGUCUUUGACCAGCAGGAUGCAGAGGUUGUGUGUAGAGAGCUGGACUGUGGGGCUCCUGUACAGGUGCUGGGAGCAGCUGCUUUUGGCAAAGGAGACGCUCAGAUGUGGACACAAGAGAUUCAGUGCAGAGGAAAUGAAACACACAUUCACCUCUGUCCAACAUCACCAUCACAUCAAAACACCUGUUCACAUGACAGUGAUGUAGGAGUGAUUUGUUCUAGUUGAGUAUAAAUAUUUAGCAAAUCUUUGUGUGUGAAUAAACAUAUAUAGUAUAUAACUAUAUACACAGAAUACAUAGAAAU